CUAUGCCUCUGGAGUAGCAGACCGGGGUGGUGGUUUAGUUUUUUUAAACAGGUAGACCGUAAAGUGGACUCCAAUUAUCAGGGUUUACAACUGUGUCCCUCUGGGAGUCCUGUGGGGGGUACUAAGGACAAGAGGUAACUAGAUUUUUUGCUACGAGCCAUGUGGUCCUUGUACCAUCCUUAUAUUUGUGCCUGAUUUAAAGAAACAUGUUUAAAAAUCUCUUUCUUUGUUUCUUUCUUUUUUCAUUGUGUUUUUUUUCUUCUCUCUGAAGCAGCAGCAGGUCAUUUUUUACAGUGUGCAGUGCAGCUAUGACUCAGUGUGAGUUUAAAUGUGAGAGUCUGAUGAAAGUGUGUCAGUGUGUUCAUGAUGAAGAUCGUUCUGCUCCUCGCUCUCCUCACAGUAAGUGAAAGUGACAGCAGCAGAGUUGUCGGUCAAACAGGUGAAGACGUCACUCUGUCCUGUAAAUACAACAUCAAACAUUACGGGGCGCUGUCCGUCUGUUGGGGUCGAGGUGUAAUACCAAUCUUAGGAUGCAGCGACCAGCUCCUCUCCACCGACGGACACAAUGUGAAGGAAGUUUCCAGCAGGUAUCAGUUACUGGGAGGACUGGAGGAUGGAGACGUUUCUCUGACGAUCCUGAACGUCUCAGAGACAGAUGCUGGACUCUACGGGUGCAGAGUGCACAUACCCGGAUGGCUCAACGACGAGAAACAUCCCUUUGAUUUGGUCGUUGUGAAAGCUCCACAGACGACCACAUCAACAACGUUAACCAGAGAGACGACCACAGAUCAGACGGCUUCUACAACAGGUCAGCUGACCUCGACCGAGCGCCUCCUGACUUCCUCCUCCAGCAGCAUCACGGCCGAGGUGAGAGAGGAAGUUUAACUUCAGAGAAACGCAGAUGGUUGAAAAGUGGAAGACUUACUUUCAACAUCGUGUGAAACCAUAAGUCAACUUUGAUUUAUUCGUCAUGUAACUUCUGUACUUCAGUAACAGAACUUCUGUAGUGAUUUUAACCCA